AUGACUGACGCUUCUCCUAUCGAGGAACUCGCCAAGCCUGAACAGCAAAACUUUGUGGCAUUCUUUCGAAAGCUCGACGAGGCUGGAGAGGGCACCAUUCGACUUUUCGAGCGUGAAGCCAAUCAACGAAAGUAUUAUACAGUACAUGGUGACAGCGCCCAGUAUGUUGCCGAGCACGUCUUCAAGACACGAACAGUGGUGAAGUAUUGGGGUGAUGGGCUUCCAACGACGACACUAUCCAGCAACGCUGCCGAGGGAUUUCUGAGAGAUGCAUUACUCAACAAGCAACAACGUAUUGAAGUUUGGAUACCCAAAAGAGGAGGACAAUGGGAAUUGGAGCGCAAAGCAUCACCUGGAAACUUGCAAGAUGUGGAAGAUUUUUUAUUCGUUGAUACCAACAUGACGGUUUCGCCAGUCGUGAUGGCGGCAUGGAUAGCAGCAAGCGGUGACAGUAAGACUGUAGGUGUGUCCUUUGCCGAUGCCAGUAGCAAGGAGAUUGGUGUGUGCCAGUUCAUUGAUAACGAGAUUUAUUCCAACUUUGAGUCCCUUGUGAUCCAGCUUGGUGUCAAAGAGUGUAUCAUGGUUGAAAAUCCUGGAAGAAAGGACUACGAUGUAACAAAGGCUACGAGUGUCCUCGAACGAUGUGGUGUUGUGGUAACGGAGAGGAAACGAGCUGACUUUCAUACCAAGGACAUUGAGCAAGAUCUUAAUCGAUUACUGCAAGGCGAUAUCUCUAUUGCUGCACGCCCUGAAUUCGACAUGAAGAGCGCAAUGGCAUCUUGUGCAUGCCUUAUUCGAUAUCUCUCUCUCCUGUCAGAUGAAACCAAUUUCAAACAAUACCAGCUUCAACAUCAUGAUCUCUCUCAGUAUAUGCGACUCGAUGCAUCAGCUCUUACAGCCCUCAAUCUUAUGCCAAGCCCAAGAGAAGGAUCCAACAAGACAAUGAGUCUCUAUGGGCUACUCAACAAGUGUAAAACAGCACAAGGAAGCCGAUUACUUAUGCAAUGGUUGAAACAACCUCUUCUCAGCCUUGGAGAAAUUGGAAAACGACACGACCUUGUGGAGAUGUUUUAUGGAGGCACAGAGCUACGCCAAUCCCUUCACAAUGAUCACCUGAAAUACGUUCCUGAUUUGCACCGACUAUCCAAACGUUUUCAACGAGGCAUUGCCACAUUGCAGGAUGUCGUCCGAAUCCAUCAAGUGAUCCUUCGCUUGCCUGCUAUCAUAUUGUGCCUGGAAUCAAACAAGCCUGAAAACGAGGAACAAGCGAGUCUGUUAUACGAGACGUACACUGUCAACAUUAGACAAUAUGCCGAGAAUUUGACAGAUCUUGGACAAUUCAUUGAGGAUCAUAUUGAUUUGGAUGCCGUCGACAAUCAUGAAUUCCGCAUCAACCCAGCCUCUGAUCCUCAGCUACAAAGGCUUCGAAGUGACAUGGAUCGUGUGCGUGAUGGCAUGGAUAAUGUCCACAUGGAAGUGGGUCAUGAACUCGGCCUCGACAUUGAGAAAAAGCUCAAGCUUGAGAAGCACAGCACCUACGGCUACUGCCUUCGUGUGAGCAGGACGGAUGCAUCCAAGUUGCGAAAUAAGAGUCGAUAUAUGGAACUCAGCACACAAAAGUCAGGCACCUUUUUCACCACAAACGCACUACAGAAUCUCAAUACACAAUGGAGCGAUGCUUCUUCAGAAUACGAUCGAUGCCAAGCAAGGUUGGUAAAGGAUGUGAUCGAAAAAGUUGCACACUAUCAUACCACAUUUGAAUUGUUGGGUGGUGUCUUGGCUCAUAUGGAUGUGCUUCUCAGCUUUGCUUUUGUAUCGAUCAUGGCGCCUGCACCUUAUAUCCGACCUCAAAUGCAAAUGUCAGGUGAUGUUGUAUUACAAGAUGCUCGACACCCAUGUCUUGAGAUGCAAGAUGACGUUGAGUUUAUUGCCAACGACGUAUCCAUGCAAAAAGGAAACUCAGAAUUCCAGAUCAUCACAGGUCCAAACAUGGGUGGCAAAUCAACGUAUAUUAGACAGAUUGGUGUGAUUGCAUUGAUGGCACAAAUCGGCUGCUUCGUCCCGUGCAGCGAGGCACAUCUUCGUAUAUUCGAUUGCAUCCUGGCACGUGUUGGAGCGGGUGAUAGCCAAUUGAGAGGUGUCUCGACAUUCAUGGCGGAAAUGCUUGAAACAGCCACCAUUUUGAAGACUGCAACUUCCAACUCGCUUAUUAUUAUUGAUGAAUUGGGUCGAGGAACAAGUACAUACGAUGGCUUUGGUUUGGCAUGGGCCAUUUCAGAGUAUAUUGCUACUCGAAUUCGGGCAUUCACGCUUUUUGCAACACAUUUCCACGAGUUGACUGAUCUUGGAAAGACCGUACCCCAUGUCAAGAAUCUUAAUGUAGCGGUGGAUAUUCGACAAAACCCAACAGGUGGUAACAGCAUCACAUUGCUAUACAAAGUGACUGAAGGCAUUUGUGAUCAAAGCUUUGGUAUCCAUGUUGCUGAAAUGGCCAAUUUCCCGCAAAAUGUUGUCAAUUUAGCCAAGCGUAAAGCAUCUGAACUUGAAGAUCGACCAGAAGACGAGGUGGCUAAAAAGCAUCCAAAACAAGAGGUUGAGGAUGGCGAAAAGUUAUUACAACAUGUGGCACAAGAGCUUGCCAACGUAGAGGAACCAUUACAAGAUAACAUUCAAAGUGUGGCAGCCAAGUACACGUCGCAAGUGAAUUCCAAUCCAUAUCUCAAAGAACUCCUUGAUUUAUAA